AUGUCACAAAUUCAUCCUCAACAAAUACCAUAUGUAACUAUUCAACAACCAAUGCCAAGUGCUGACCCAUUUCGAACAUAUAAGAACGAAUGGCACACAGGUUUAUGCAGUUGUACCGAUGAUUGGUCACAAUGUUGUUAUGCAUAUUUUUGUUGGUGUUGUUUUAUGGGUUCAUUAGCUGAUUCAAUUGAUGAAUCGAAAUGGUCAUGUUUAUGUGUUCCGAAUGCACUCGCUGUGUAUCGUAUGAAAGUUCGAUCUAUUUUACAUAUUAGAGGUGGUGCGUGCGAUGAUUAUUGUACAACUGCUUUCUGUAGUUUUUGUGUUGGUGUUCAAAUGCGAAAUGAACUUAAACAUCAUGGAAUUAAUUAA